AUGCCGAGUCACGUGAGGCAAUCGGCAAACGGCGUGCUCCACUCCAAUCAUGGCGGCCGCGGGACGAGCUGAUGGCAGCGGGGCUUUGGAAACGUGUGGUCUGGAGCUGAUUUUGGAGGCGUUGAAGCUGCUGCUGAGUCCGGGAGGAUCGGGCUCAAGUUCACUACAGAUCACAAAGCAUGACAUCUUAUUGGCUACUUUAAAAGCUAACUUGUCUGCUUUGGAGGACAAAUUUCUGAAGGAUCCUCAUUGGAAAAAAUUGAAACUCCUGAGAGAUGAAAUUGCCAGUAAGGCAGAAUGGCCACAGAACUCUGUGGAUGUCACCUGGAGUUUUACCUCGCAAACCUUGUUGUUGCUGUUGUGCUUGAAGGAAACCAUGAUCUGCCUUGCAGCUGAUUUCAGUCCAAGUAAACCUAACCCUAGGACUCCAGAAGUUGCUCCUGCCCUGAGCCCUGAUACACUUAGUAUCUCACAGCAAAAGACUGUCCAGUCAGCUUUGCAGUUUGUAGUCACCUUGGGAGUCUGCCCCUAUCUCAUACCUGGUGUUGGAGUCCCUUUGAGAUACAGGACUGAGUUUGGUGCUGUUGUUCAAGAUGUGGUGUGUCUCGAUGCUGCCCCUGAUGCAACCCGGAGACUGUACACCAGCUGCAAGGUCCUCCUAAAUAUUGCUCAAAACACAUCUCUGGGGAGCUUGAUUUUCUGCCGCCAUUUUGGAGAUAUUGCAGCUGGUCUGUGCCAACUGGGAUUCUGCCCAACCAAAAGAAAACCACUGAAACCUAUGGAAGAGGUUUUAAAUGAAGAGGAAAGAACCCUAUCUAGGCAGGCCUUGAAAGACAUCCUGGAUCAAGUGUAUCAACCACUGGCUGUCCGGGAGUUACUUAUCCUCCAGGGAGGCCCACCCCAGUCCAGCACUGAUGUGAAGAUGCAGUUUGGGUCUCGGGCCCCAUCCUGGCUUCGGCGUCUAUGUGGGCAGCUGCUCUCCGAAAGGUUAAUGAGACCUAAUGGUGUUCAGGCAGUAGUCCGGGGCAUUUUGGAAGGAGCAGGUGCUGGGGCAGCUGGCGGGAAUGAUGCUGAAGUGACAGCUGCUGACUGGAAGAAGUGUGACUUGAUUGCAAAGAUUUUGGCCUCUUGUCCCCAGCAAUCUCUUUCACCUGAGAGUUACUAUAGGGAUAUCUGUCCCCAGAUUCUGGAUUUAUUUCACUUUCAAGAUAAAUUGACAGCACGACAAUUUCAGAGAGUUGCCACCACUACCUUUAUAACUAUGGCAAGAGAACACCCACAGCUGGCAGCAAAGUAUUUGCUUCAGCCAGUAUUAGCUCCUCUUCAUCGAUGUUUGAAUACAGCAGAGAUUCCAGAGAGUGACUUGGCACCAGGGACCAUUUUGGUAACAGAAGAAGAACUUAGUAGAUGUAUUGAGGAUGUGUUUAAGGUGUACGUGGUUGGGAAUGAACCUUUAACAGUUUUGAUGAAUUCUCUACUGCCAGUCCUGGAAGUGCUCUUUUCUCUAUAUUGUUUUACCAAACAGAGUGUGUCUCACAUAAGGUCACUUUGCCAAGAGAUCUUAUUAUGGAUUCUGGGGAAGCUGGAGAGGAAGAAGGCAAUUGCCAGCCUAAAAGGCUUCACAGGUUUGGACAAAUCCAUGCCCUCUCUCCAUUCUCUGUGUCAAUUUAGAGCUGCGCCUCAAGGCGGCAUUAUGAUUGCCAUCAAAGAGGCCAUUAGUGAUGAAGAUGAAGAUGAAACCCUAUACCAGAAGGUGUCCUCAGAGCAAUGCCAGGUAGAGCAUCUGGGGGACCUCUUGUCGCACUGUCAGGAAUGUGGUUUGGCAGGAGACUUCUUUAUCUUCUGCUUGAAGGAGUUGACGCAUGUGGCUGUGGAAAAUGAGGCAGAGUUAAAAACUCAGUCCUUCUCCAGCAAAAGCCUUUUGGAAUUGGAGCAGCACCAAACUCUUCUUGUGGAAAGCCAGGAACAGAAGCUCCUGAUCCUGCAGCUGAUGGCUGUUCAGUGUGAGAGAAUGUCUGAGCAGAUAUUCACAAACAUCACUCAGGUGGUGGAGUUUGUAGCAGCAACACUGCAGAGAGCAUGUGCGAGCUUGGCCCAUCAGGCAGAGAGCACCGUGGAAUCACAGACACUGAGCAUGUCCAUGGGGCUGGUGGCUGUCAUGCUGGGAGGAGCUGUUCAGCUGAAGUCAAGUGAUUUUGCUGUCCUGAAGCAGUUACUGCCUCUGUUGGAGAAGGUCUCCAACACAUACCCUGACCCUGUCAUCCAAGAACUUGCUGUUGAUCUCCGCAUCACUAUCUCUACCCAUGGAGCCUUUUCCACUGAGGCCGUCAGUAUGGCUGCCCAAAGUACCAUGAACAAAAAAGAUCCAGGAGGAAGAACAGAAGAGCAACAACAAUUCAGUUGUGAAAGGCACACUGUUGUAGCACCUAGCCACUUUCAACAACAGCAAAGCAGUGAGAUAUCCAACCAAACAGGCCUGAGAUCUAAUCCUCCACUCGUUCCUCAGAAGGUAAAUGAACCCAGCACUACUAUGGACCAGGAAUCUGGAAGCAUAAGCAAAGAACAAGUCCAAGAGGUUCUUUUAUCAGCUUAUGAUCCUCAAAUUCCAACACGGGCUGCUGCCAUACGAACUCUUUCCUGCUGGAUAGAGAAAAGGGAAGCAAAAGCCCUUGAGAUGCAAGAGAAGCUUCUCCAGAUAUUCUUGGAGAACUUGGAACAUAAGGACACCUUUGUAUAUCUGUCUGCUAUUCAGGGGGUUGCUCUGCUGUCAGAUGCGUACCCUGAGAAAAUCUUGCUUAACCUGUUGGCUCAAUACGACUGCAGUAAAGACAAGCACCCGCCAGAAACCAGAAUGAAAAUCGGGGAAGUCCUGAUGCGAAUUGUCAGGGCAUCAGGUGACAUGGUCUCAAAGUACCGAGAACCUUUGAUCCACACCUUUCUGAGGGGAACGAGAGAUCCAGAUGGUGCUCACAGGGCCAGCAGCCUAUCCAACCUUGGAGAACUGUGCCAGAGGCUGGACUUCCUGCUGGGUUCUGUGGUUCAUGAGCUAAAUGUAAGCUCAUCUAUUUUUAAUCGAUUGAUACAACAGACAGAUGGUCAUGACUGUGUCUGUCUUGUACAGGUACUGAGGGAUGUCCUCAAGGAUCUCUACCAGCUGCUGAAGCAUGUGGUACAUUUGGAGCCCGAUGACGUGGCCAAGCUCCAUGCCCAGCUGGCCCUGGAAGAGCUGGAUGAAAUAAUGAGAAACUUCUUGUUCCCACCACAGAAGCUGCAGAAAAAGAUUGUCGUCCUGCCAUAGUUAGACCUGGCCCAGAGGACAUGGAGGAGGGAGGGAGGGAGGGAGGGACCAAGCAGCCAAAGCAGUGCUCAACCCUUCCACCAAGUGUCCCACUUUAUGGCUGACCCCAGAGGUGGCUUUGUCACUGAUCACUUAUGUCUUCAAGCUGACAUUCAUUCCCCGAAGGUCUGCAUCUGUUCAGCCAUCCUGCAUCCAGCUCAAAGGGUGUGCAGGUGAAAGAAAAAAGAUGACAAAUAUCAUUAAUCUGCGCAUUUUUCACAGUCCUAAAGCAUUUAGAGAGGGAUGAUUACCUAAGGGAAGUGUACUUUGAACACAACUGAUAGAAUUUAAUUGAUCAUCCUCUUACAGCUUGAGUAGAAGAGGUUGGCCAAUUGUAAGUUCCACAUCUCGAUAUUCUUCCAUGAUCAGAUUAUUCUUCUUUGUCAUAAUGAGGAGCAGGUAGAGCUAGUCGUCCUUGGCUGCUUAAAAGGCAUUUCAGAGUACAAAGAUGCAGUUGGAAGUAGAAAGUGAAAGAAAUUGUUAUCAGAACAUGCAAAAUGGAAUAAAUUUAUCUUGGCUUGAAAGAA